GCGAGGUGGUGGGCGGAGCUUGUUCGUUUGGUCACGGAGGGAAAUAGCGGAGCGAUCAGCGGACACAGGCGGACUCCCUCAGCCGUUUUCACUUCGUGUCUCGCGGCUUCUUCCCAAAUGGCAACGACGGCGGAGGACCAGCUGGAACCGGUGGACGACGCUCCGCAGUUGUCGACGCAACCCGACUGCCAUCACCACAGUAACAGCAACAGCAACAAUAACAACAAUAAUAACAACAAAGACAGCGAGGCGGGAGAGAGCGCGACCACCACCGCCGCCACCACUAGCAGCAGCAGCGACACCACGGAGCCCGGGACGGCGUCACAGAGCAUCGGCAACGGCUCAGUCAUCAACCCGAGCGGCGGGAGCAACGGGAAGUGGGUCCGGCUGAACGUCGGCGGCACCGUGUUCCUCACGACGCGACAGACUCUGCUCAAAGAACAAACUUCGUUCCUUUACCGGCUGUGCCAGCAGCAGGACCUGCACUCAGACACCGACGAGACGGGCGCCUAUGUGAUUGACAGAGACCCCACCUACUUCGGCCCCAUCCUCAACUACUUGCGGCAUGGAAAACUGGUCUACAACAAGGAGCUGGCGGAAGAAGGCGUGCUGGAGGAGGCGGAGUUUUACAACAUUACGCCGCUCAUCAAACUGAUCAAGGAGAGGAUCGUGGAGAGAGACUCCAAGGCCACGCAGCAGGUGCCGCCCAAACAUGUCUACCGGGUGUUGCAGUGCCAGGAGGAGGAGCUGACCCAGAUGGUCUCCACGAUGUCGGACGGCUGGAAGUUUGAGCAGGUCAGCGUGCGCGCCUGCAGAAAGCCCCGCACCGGACUGCUCUGGACUAUGGUCAACAUCGGCUCGUCCUACAGCUACGGGACGGAGGACCAGGCUGAGUUUCUGUGCGUCGUCUCCAAGGAGCUCCACACGCCCGGGUCUGGGCUAGUUCAAGAGCAGAGUCACAAAACGAAGCCGGCGGAGAUGCAGGAGGAGGAAGCAGCAAAGGAGGAGGAGGAGGAGGAGGAGGAGGAGGGAGGGAGAGAUACCGCACCAAAUGAGUGGCUUAGAGAAUGAGGGAGUCAUGUUUCUUUGUUCCAGAGAGAGGUGGGAAUGGCUUUUCCAGCUCCAUGGCUCAAGGAUAUAAAGGAGGUUUAAGUCCACGUUAUACGCGUCCAUAUACGGUUAUAUAUCAUUUUGUUUAUGUGUAGCGUCAAGGGACCGCAGAAAAAUAACAUACCACAAGCUUAGUAACUGAUAACCAAAGAUCCAGAGGAUAAAAGCUGGUGCUUAACUACACACUGACAGACAAUAUAAGAUCUGCCUGAAGGAAAAUCGACACGGUAUUGAUUACAUAGAGAGACGCUGCAGCUGCUUUCUGCUGCUGCUGCUGCUGCUGCUUUCUGCUGCUGCUGCUGUUGCGUCACUGUGACGAGGCAGAAACUGAAGACGGUGCCCGAAGAAUUAUGGAUCAUUAUAUUUCCUAAUGUAAACACAGCCCAGCACAGUGGCAUCAAAAUUAAUCCAAUAUCCCAGACUCGCCGCUCGUUAAAUAAGCCAGUGAUGGAUGCACUUGUUCCGCAGACUUUGUACUUAAGGACGUUAUUUUUAUUCCUGUAGCUUCUCGGUUUUUUUUUUGUGUAGAGACCAAAGUCUUAAUCCUGCCUUUUUGUUUUAUUGUAUAUGAGGUUGGUCAUUUAGUCUGAACAUGCUUUAAUCUCACGUGGUUUCGACUGGCUUUAAAGGUGAUAUAUGUAAAGUAUGUACAGCAGGUUUUAUGACGACCUCUCCUCUUUUUCCAAGGCUUUUUUAGGUUUAUUGUUCAGUAUUUCCAACAUUUAGCAACUUAGCUGCACAAAACCAAAACAUAAACACAGUUCACCGCCUGCAAAUGAAAAUGUAUUUAUUUUGCCAUCAGUUAAACACGUUUCCCUGCUCUCACGUGACACACCGUGGUCAAUUCUAUGUCUUAAUAAUCAUACAUUUCUCACAUAUAUCACCUUUAAAAUUGACCGAGGCUGUGAAGAGUCCACACAAUUCGACAUUUAACGCCCUCUGCUGGCAAACUACAGGAACUUCACGUCAAUGGUUCCCCUGCCAACGUCUGUGGAACUGCCCCAACUCCAUAGUGUGUAAUUGCAUGCAAUGAAAUUAGCUCAAAGAAUGAAUUCUUAGUGUCCAGUAGGUAAAUACUGCUCGGGAUGUAGUUGUUGAAUGUCAGAAAUCAGUUCAUAUAAUAUGAAUUGUUUAAAAAAAAAAAAAAAAUGCACUCUGUGAUGUUCCUGGACUACACGGGACAGAGACAAAUAUGUGGGACACGUGUGUCCAACAGCGAUGUCGCUCCAACGAUAUUACAUUUUAAAUAACAACAACAAAAACCAGACGGACACAGGAUACACACAAAUGAUGCAAUAAGCAGUUUUAGUCACAGUUAGACAAUCGAUCAGCAAACAUCGUCAACCUUUUCAUGACGGAAUUAAAAAAAAACAACAACCUAUGUCGCAGAAUACAAUAUGACGUGUGUGUGUCUCUGUGUGCGUUUAAGAUAAAGUGUCGUGUCUAUUUGUAGCGUUCAAGGUCCAGUGUGUAACAUUAUAGUAUGUUUAUGUAACACUGUAAUGUCUUUACACGUGGGAUCGCGGGAUUUGUAGUAGUCGUCAUCCAAUAGUGACAAAUACACACAGUAAAAUACCAAAAAAAGCAAAAGAUAACAUGUCAGUGCUGUCACUUUUUUCCAAAACUUAAGUUUAAAAGAAUAAUAUAUUGUUCCUUUUAAAGAUAAACAGCAUUCACAGCAUUAUUUAUUACUAAUUAUGAUUUUACGGUAAAUUAUGUGAGGUUAAUCCCAUCUAUUUUGCCUCUUCUUCUGCUGUAGUCAGAUGGAGCUAACAGCUAAGCUAACAGGUGACUCAGCAGAUUAUUUUAGACCGGGUAAUACUUUGCUUUUCGGAUGCUUUCGUCCGUUCAGGAGGAUGGUUACGAUUUCCUGCUUCCUCCCAUAUUUCAAAACGUGUGGUUAAGAAUUUUUUCUGAGAACAAACGAAACUUCACGUCUUGUUUUUUUCCGAUGUGUUCAAAAGUGGAUCCAACGUCAACCUUUGCUCACUGCACCCUCUGCUGGAACACAGGGUAAUUACACCAAAAACAGACCGAGGUGCUUCUACGUUUGAGUGAAUAUGUGCAUUUUCGGUUAAAACGUGACAGCCCUAAAACCCACUGGUUAACUAGUACAGUAGUACCUAAUAUUUCCUCACUCUUAUUACAAGUUUGAUUCCUGUGUGGAACGUCCGCUCUCUCUCUCUCUCUCUCUCUGACCAAUCAGUGGCCGGCAGUCUGUCUGUGAUGACGUCACAUUUUAGUAUUGACUCUAAAACAACAACAAAAAGUACCAAACACUAUCUUGUACAUAGCCGAGCUACACACUGGACCUAUAAACUAGAAACACAUAAUAUGCACCUUUUAAGAUCCUCGCAAUACCUUCUUUGCAGGAUUAUGAAACUACGGUAAAUGUUAAAAAUAAAAAUAAAAAUAGCGGAAGCUACACAUAGUCAUUGUGCUUAUGAUAAUCAUUACAUGAUGUUAUUUGGGGGGAAAAGACUGAAAGAGACGUUUGUGAUUGUGUUAAUGUUUAUUGUUUCUCUGAUCAUUCGGUGCCUUGCGUUCAAGCAAAAAUCCACGCGUCCGAAGAUCAGUGCGUGGCAAUGAUCACAGGUGUCGAGUUCGUUUUGAGUUAACGUUUAAAACGUGUAACAUUUAACAUUCUUCCAGCACACGAGCGCGCUGAGAGCUUUGAUUUGUUAAAGAUUAGAACGCAGACAGUGGAGUUUGCUGUUUAUAGCAGCUUUUGUAGAAGGUUCUUGCCAUUUUGUAUAAAUUGUCACACCUUUGUGGUUUUUUUUUGUAAAUUUUUUUGUUUUCUUCUAAUUUAUUCUUAUGGGGGUUUAAUGUUACGGGAGGGUCGAUGUCAUCACGGGGGGGACGUUUUUCCUCAGAGUUUCACUGAAAAUGCUCGUUAUUGUCUUUGUUCACGUGUAAAAUGCUGUUAAACAGAUGUCGUUUUUCUAUUAAAUGGAACAUGUUCGUAGGUCAGUUUUUAUAAACCUCAAGUCUGCCUGUCCAGACGCCGCGUUUGGUUUGCUGGAUUCAAUCUUAUCGACACUUGUACAAUAUCGUGUUUUCCACAUGAUAUUUAAACGUGUAAAAGUUUAUAUAGAGGUUUAUUAAUCUGUACAAAUCUUUGUUUUUGUUUUUUUCCAAUGCUGGAUUUUCCUGUUUUCUGCUGUUUUCUCGUUAACAAAAACAAUGUGACACAUGAAAUGUAAAGGCCUCGGAUAAAAAGAAAAAACAACUGUAUUUCAUUAGAGCCUGAACAGCACAUAUUUUUUUGUUUAUUUGUUGUUUUUUUAUAUUGUUUAUGAAUGUCACAAUAAAACUUCAUUUCCCUUUUGGUUUAAAAUA